AUGAUGGUGCUCGCCAAGGGACGGAACAACUGCAAUCGAUGCUGAGCGGCGGUGGCAGCGGCCCUCCGUGGCCCGCCGCAGUGCCAUCGGACACUCACGACUGUGUGCAGCGGAGCGGCGGGCGGCGACAGACGGGCCGACACCCGACCCGGGCCGGCCGUCAGACAGGCGGAGUUCAGACUAGGAAACGACGGUGCGACCAUCGUCUCUGCAGCUCCACGCCAUCCCCUCUCGCCUCACACCGGGACCUACAGAAGUACAGCGCACAGCCAGUCGCAGCUGCUCGUCCACCGCCACCGAUGAGCGUCGUUGUGGCCGCACGGCUAUGGCUGAUGCUGUUCAAUCUCAGGACAAGCGGUGCGCUACAAGGAUCAACGUUUUCACUACCGGACAACUAUGCGAAGUGGGAGCCGCCGAUUGGGCCGGACGGGGAGCCCGUCAAUGUGCAGCUAAGCAUGCACAUCUUAGACGUGGUACUGGAUGAGGCAGCUCAGACUGUCAAAUUCGAUUCUUACUUCCGGACAUUCUGGGUGGAAAAUCGCAUCAUUUUCAAAAACAUGACAAGACCGGUGAUUCAAAUGGACACGGAGGUUACCACGAAGCUCUGGCUGCCCAACAUUUUCGCCCUGUUCGUCCAGAAGGUGGAAAAGCCGGAGCUAAUUGUGCCCGCAGCUGGCGUUCACCUUUAUGAGGAUAAGUUGAUAUUCAGGUCCAGUUUAUACCUGACAACCGUCAAAUGCAACCUGCUGUACUUCAACUACCCAAUGGAUAGACAAACAUGCACAGUCAAAAUACAGAGCUAUGCGUACACAUCGGAGACGCUGACCAUCGAGUGGCACCCCAAGGGCAUCACCCGUGAGGACAUCGUGAUGAGCAGCUUCUACCUGGAGGACAUCCGUACCCUGCCGCCAGUCAGAGUCGGCGUGUUCAACAACAGCCACGCAGAGCUGAGGUUCGAGAUGCGUUUCAAGCGUAAACUGCGCUUCUCGAUCCUGGCUGUGUAUGUGCCCAGUCUGCUGGUGGUAAUGGUCAGCUGGCUCUCACUAUGGGUUCCUCCCGAAAUGGUGCCCGGUCGGAUGGUGCUGGUCAUCACCACUCUCCUGACGCUCACAGCACUCUUCAGCGCCAAUGUCCAAGGAAUGCCUGAAGUCAGCUACGUCAAGGCGAUAGACGUCUGGACACUGGCAUGCAUCGUCUUCGUCUUCGGGACAAUCUUGGAAUACAUUGUCGUUCUCAGGCUAUCAACACAUAACAAUACCGCCACGGUUGCACCAAAGGAACAAAACAAGGCGAAGACGCUGAAGGGCAACUGGACGAUGACGGGCGCCGAGAAGGCCGAUCGUCUGGAGCGGUUCUCCCGAGUGGCCUCCGUGGUGGCCUUUGCCAUCUUCAACAUCGCCUACUGGGCCUACUACCUGGGCUGAUCAGUGAUCAUCCGGUGUUGACAAACAGACUCGCUGUCCGGGCGGACCGUCAAACGGCUAUCAAUUACUGGAACUGUGCAGCGUGGAGCUGCAGGUGGAGCUAUCAGCGGCCCGAAUUGACACCGUGCGGAACUAACACUGCGUGUAGCUGUCACUGGGUGGCGCGGUGCAGGUCCACGGACUGUGGAUAUUGAGACGCUGAGCGUCACUGUGCAGCGCUGUGCACGUCUGUGGACGGUGGAUAAUGAGUGCCACUGGAUAGUCAAAUGUGUCCCUCGAUGGAGCUGUCACCGAAUGACGAUCUGCCUCCGAGGUAUCACUUAUACGAGCCAAUGAUCACCGGUAAAAAGGACGUGCAUUCAAAAGGAGGAAAGGCUGCGCCAGUGGCUCAUGCUAUGUAACCGAGCGUUAGUUGUUUAAUGUAGUGAAAACACAACUUAUCUAAAUGUGAAAACGAAUCUCCACCCGUUGGGUGUAGAUUUCCACUGGCGUCCAACUGGCGUCUUACUGAACAGACGUCCAAAUUGGCGUCUAGCUUGGCGUCUAACUGUUGGACGGAGACUUCCAAGCUAGACGCGUCUAAAGUUAGCAGUCGCCAGAUAGACGCAGCCGCCAUCCAGCUAGACGCGUCUAACUAACUAGACGCAAAAUGGAAGUCUCCACCCAACACGCUAAAUUGUGUUUUUCAAUUCAAGAAAUACUCAAAAGUUGGCGCUUAAAAGGACAUUUUUCACCAUCUAGAAUAAAUCAGUGCAUCCCGCCUGCAGAAAAGACACCACGCAUUGCUAUAUGCAGUGCAUCGAUUCGCGCACAGUAAGCAGUUGUUGUGAAACCUGAAUGUGCAUUCAAACACCAGGCGAAAACGAGCCCGUGUAUUCUUGUACAAAUACUUCUGUGUAUACCUACUUUCGACAAAAAUAUACCAGACAUUGAACUCUAA